AUAUAUUUCAUGGGGAGAAAUAAAAAGCUAGUGUGACUGUGUGAGCAGAGAAAAGUUUAAACAAGAAAGCAGCUGUUCCCUUUCAUUUCCACAAACAUUCAUUCAUGCAUCCUUCACAACUAAAAAUGGAAGGCAACAACAACAACAACAACAAUGACCACAUCAAAAACGGCUUUCUUCGAGCAGAUCAGAUCGAUCUCAAGAGCUUAGACGAACAACUGCAAAGGCAUCUCACCUCUUCUGCGUCAACCGCCAGAAGAGGAAGAAGCUUCGAUAAGAGCACUAACAUCAAUCUCAACAUUAGCGGCAUCAGUUUCAAUAAUUCGUCGUCUCAUCACCCGAAACCACAUGAUGAUCAUCAUAAUCACCAUUUAGAUGGAGGUACCUCCAUAACUAGAUUAAGGAUUGAUACGAAUGUUAAUCGCCAGAGGCAGGAUUGGGAGAUCGAUCCUUCCAAGCUCGUAAUCAAAUCUGUCAUUGCUCGUGGCUCGUUUGGCACUGUUCAUCGCGGGUUUUAUGACGGUCUUGAUGUUGCAGUUAAACUUCUUGAUUGGGGUGAAGAAGGCCACAGAACCGAUGCUGAAAUAGCUUCCCUUAGAGCCGCCUUUACACAAGAAGUCGUUGUGUGGUACAAACUCGACCAUCCUAAUGUAACCAAGUUCAUAGGGGCUACAAUGGGCACGCCAGAACUAAACAUUCAAGGAGAUAAUGGUCAUUUUGGCGUGCCGCGUAACUCUUGCUGUGUAGUCGUGGAGUACCUUCCCGGUGGUGCUUUGAAAUCUUUCCUCAUCAAAAACCGAAGAAAGAAGUUGGCUUUUAAAGUCGUCAUGCAACUAGCACUUGAUCUUGCUAGAGGUUUGAAUUAUCUGCAUACAAAGAAGAUUGUUCACAGAGAUGUGAAGACAGAAAAUAUGCUUUUGGACAAGAAUCGGACCUUAAAGAUUGCAGACUUCGGGGUUGCUCGGGUAGAGGCAUCCAAUCCAUCUGACAUGACCGGUGAGACCGGAACCCUCGGUUACAUGGCACCAGAAGUUCUUAAUGGCAGCGCAUAUAAUAGGAAAUGCGAUGUUUAUAGUUUUGGGAUAUGUCUGUGGGAAAUAUACUGUUGCGACAUGCCUUAUCCCGAUCUUAGCUUUUCGGAAGUCACAUCAGCUGUUGUUCGUCAGAAUUUGAGGCCGGAGAUACCACGUUGCUGCCCUAACUCACUUGCAAGUGUUAUGAAGAGAUGCUGGGAUGCAAAUCCAGACAAGAGGCCGGAGAUGGACGAGGUGGUGGCGAUGUUGGAGGCUAUCGACACUUCAAAGGGCGGAGGAAUGAUACCCGGAGAUCAACAAGGAUGUUUCUGCUUCAACCGGACUAGAGGCCCUUAAGAUCGGGCGAAAAUCGACAAAUGUUCCAUGGUCUUUUGGUGUUUCAUAGUAUAAUUAUCUGCAGAUAUACAUACUUUUUCUGAACUGUUUAUAUAGUUGUAUAAUCUGUGUAUUGGAUCCUACAUUAAAUCUCUUAAACUUUAUGGCAUUUUUCUUAAACUAUAUUAAUAAUAAUAGUAAUAUCUAAUA